AUGAACGUGAGUGCUCCAGAAAGCCAAGAUUCAACAUUGGCCAACAGAAACCGAUGUCAAAACUUGCCCUGUUACCGCAAGGCAUGGGAACGCGCUAAGAGUAUGUGCGCAAAGGGACCCCUCCAUCCGUCCUACAUACACGCACCCCGUGCAUGGCAGGCAUUUUCCGCCACCCUUUGGAAUGUUCUUGGAGGCUUCGAUGACGAACCAACCUCCACACGCGCUUACCUAAUCAACGCCAAUGCCAAGAGCCGCCGGCGGCUCAUGCAGCGCGCCCUCAACUAUGAUUGUGAACUCUCACUUGCUCUCGGGCCGGUGCCAGGUGGACAGGUUGUCGCGGUAACUCCAGAUGGCUGGCUGAACGACGUGUCCCUCCGCUCAUAA